GCCUCAGCCUGCCUUGCCUGCCUGCCUUGUGAGCGUGCUGGUGUGUAGGGUGAGUGUCACGGCCCUCUGCAGACGGGGGGUUGGGUAGCAGUGCCGAUUGGUUGCAGCUCACCAACACAGUCAGUCUGGGCUUGUUUUAACAUAACCGGGGGCACUUCGACAGAAACCCUGUAGUAAAUAAGCCGCUGUGGCUGUGAGGGGACCGGCUGUGACACGCUGCAUUUCGCCGCUCCAAGAUGUUGCAGCAAAACGGAGAUUUACUUAUUUUGUAUUUAAGAUGACAGUUUUUGUUUUUUGUUUUUUUUCCUGAGGGCCGCCGUUGAUGAGGCGAUGAAGUGCCGAGAAUGAGAGCCGUGCCUUGGCCUACUGCUAGAGCCGCUGCAGCUGGGACUGAGCGCGUCUGCUCUCACAAACCGAGGAAAACACUCGCUCCGUGACACUUGAUCACACAUCCGCCGCUGGUUUCACGCUGACCGACCUCCAAAUGGAUAUAGACAUGACAACAUGAAUCAGUCGUACAGACCGGGUCUUAGGGUGGGCUCAGUGUUUGACUCAAGCCAACCAGAGAGGCCCCACAAUGGCCUUGUUAGCACUUCCUUUGGAAGCCAGUGUGGCUCUGCGAGGCGAGGGUCCAGCCAGGCAUCGGCCGUGCAGCUGCCGACCUCCAGCCUCAAGCAGCCCGCUUUUCUGGGCUUCGGUCAGCCGGACCGGUACCUGCAGAGGAGGCCCCCGGACCUGGACCACGCCGUCAGCAGACUGGACUUAGAGAGGGACCUCCAUCCCAGGGGCAGCUUGCACUGUGCGAGCCCCAUCAGUGACGACGAUGGGUUCGAGGCGCCGACGGUUGAGUUGCCCCCUUCCCCGGGCAACGACGACAUGGAGUCUUUUGACACUCUGCAGGACGUGAGCAGGAACGGCUUCUCCCCUCACAGUUCUGACAGCUUCGAACACUGUUCUCCAAUCCCAAAUGGUUACCUGCAUUUUGAGUCAACACUAUUUGACAGCAGUGAGAUUAAGGAGGAGGAGGAGGACGAUGAGGGGGAGCAUGCCAACAGGGAGGACCUUGUGACUUUUCACCACUCCCCAAAGUUGAAUCAGGCUCGAACUGUUACAGAGAGCAAGAGCACAUGCAACUCAGGCACGGAUAAGAGGAUGUACAAACCUACGGUGUUCAAUCUGAUGUCCAAAACGAUAUCUGAACUCAACCCUACACUAAGUCCCAGCGCUCUGCCUGAAAUCACUAUGAGGAAUGAGUGGAGCGCGGGCGAGGAGUCGGACAGCGAUGGUGAGCUUACCUCUCCGGUUGACCCUGGACUUAUCUCACCUGCGGGCACUAAUUCAAAUUCCAACAGCCCAAAGAAAAAACCUAUUCCUCCAGUGAAAUACUUGGAUGGGGACUUGGUGUGGGCAAAAUUUAACAGACGACCCUGGUGGCCAUGCCAGAUCACCUGCGAUGUGGACCAGGGGACUCACACAAAGAUGAAAGUUCCUAGUCCUCGUCCUGUCCGGGUGUAUUUUCUCGGGACACUUGGGGAGGUUACUGAACGUGCCUGGGUCGCAGGGAACGCCAUUUUCCCUUUUGAAGGAGGCCAUCAGUUUGAAGAGCUUCCUGUGCUCAGGCGUAGAGGCAAGCAGAAGGAGAAGGACUACAAGUACACGAUACCCAAAAGCUUGCUGACUGCGUGGAAAGUCAGUGUGGCGGAAGCUGAGUAUCUUCGGACUGUCCGGCAAAGCAAUAGUAAUAGUGCACUUUCAGCGUCCGUCAAUGGAGAGGAGCGUUUACCCAGCCCGCUCCCCACGGAAACGCCACCCGAGGUUCCCUCCGUGCACCCGACUCGAUCCCCGUCACCCUGCACGUCCCCCAACGGGAAGGAGCACCGCCUCUUCAAAAACUCAACUCCCCUUCCCAACAAGAGUAACACUUGCAAGAAGAAAAAGAAAUGUUUAUCGGACAUAUUUGGCCACAUAGUCGGUGGGUCAAGGGAAUCCUCUACCAUCACAAACAUGACUUGCCAGACUCCUACAGCAACUCGUGCACUGAAAGAAGAGCCAAAGGACUCGCCGUACGCAGACCUGGAGUCAGUUCCAAUGCUGCAUCGUCCAAAACGCACAGCGGUGUCCCCACUUCUGGAUACAAACACACUGGUCAGAAAAGAACAGGGUUCAAGAAAAUCGAAAAAGAAUACUGCAAGAGCCAUCCAGCGUAUGGAUUCGUGUGACUCCUCUAACAUUGUAAGAAAUAAAUAUACAUCUAAAAGGAAUUCUGAUGGGAAUUUGAGCAGUAGUGUUGAACUGUCGUACACUUCAGGUGAAAAGCACUCUCAGGAUCUUUCCGCCAGCAGUCGCCUGAUGACGAGAGCUCUUAAAGCAGAGGAAGAGACUGAUUUCAACGAUGCACUGGCCGCAAGCCCGAAUUCAAUGAAGGCACCUACUGACGAUUACGCUGUUAUUACAGCUGCUAAUGCGCCCAUCAGAACUGAACGGUCUCCCGACUGCAGGUCCCUCAGCAGUGCUUCAUCCUCGGUAAAUCACAGCUCUCCAAAACGGCGUCCUCGGAAGCUGGAUAAGAAACUCAUUCGCAAUGGUUCAUUGAUUAAGUCCAAGUGUGGGGGCUUCAGUGAUCCUGAUUUGCAACCUGUUAGCAUCAAGGUGGAAAACGUUGUUCCAGAUCCAUUGUGUUCUUCUCCAUCCCCUUCUGUUUCUCCAAUGGAUGCUUUUCAGGAUGUCAAGGAAAUAAUGUUCAAAUCUCUCGAGGAUGAUAGCAGUAACUCCGAGUCUGCUGCGUUUCAGCCUGAUUCCAAUUACAAAUUCAGUACUUUCCUAAUGCUCCUGAAAGACAUGCACGAUACUAGAGAAAAGGAGGGAAAACCACUGGUGCUUCCUCCACCGCCUGUCCUCAUCAAAGAGGAGCCGCUUGUGAUCCCUACUUCUGCUGGAGGUGAUCCAUUGACUAGUCCUCAUGACAGUUUCAGUCAUGGAAUCAAACUGGAAAACGGUCAGUCAGCGAAAUCCAAAAUCUCCCCAAAUACAGCAGCAAAAACCAACAGUCGGUCUAAAGCAAUCAUGUCGGCUGAUACCUACCACUGUAAGGACUUACUGGUUUUGUCUCAGUCGGGCAACUCAGACAAGCAGCGCAGAAAACAAAGACUGCCUGCCAAGCUGAAACUCAACAUACCUGGGCUCUCCUCAGACUUGGCGGACAUGGCUUACGGCAGGGAGUACGUCAGCGGCCACGCUGACUUGGCGGACGCUGCGGCCGAUUCUCUCGUCGCCGCCAGUCUCUCUGCUAGCUACCUCGAUAAGAGCUCAGAGUCCCCCGUGGCUCCAAAGAAGCGCUGGCAGGUGGUCGAGGAGGCCGCUGAGACCAAGCCUGACGUUUUGAGCGAGUUGAAGGAGUCUUGCACUGUGAGAGCAUCACUGGAUCUCGAUCUGGCAGCUGAGAAGCACUCGGAGAACGACUCGCGUUCACCAGAUACCAGCAGCACGGCCGGAAAUUCAGAGAGCAAGCGUCUCCGGAAACCAACGAAAAGACUCCUGGAAUCAACUGAGGAGUAUGAACAAAUAUUUGCCCCAAAAAAGAGAUCCAAAAAACACACCUCAGAGUCUUCCAAAAUGCAAGCUUCAGGGAUGAUGGCACUUCGUGAUCCCAGCACCACACCAGACACUGUUACCUCACCCCGGCCUGUAGAGCCCGCCGAGGCUCCGGCAGAGCCGGACCAGAGUCCGGCUCAGAGCCGUCCCUCUCCUGGAGCGCGCUCCAUGUCUCCGGACACCACACAGCUCUGCCUUGAUACAGGAACCGGGGAAGAAACUGAUCUACCUCCUGAAUCUGAUUUAUCAACCCUGGAAAGAAAGAGGCCGAGAAAACUGUCACACAAGGUGCUGGACUGUACCCUAGAAGAAGUAGCUACUGCUCCUGGAAAGAAGAAGGAGAGUAAGCAGCUCGGUGGAAUUGCAUCCGAUGCGAAGGUGUUGGUCAAGAAGACUCAGCUGGAGUCUCUGGUGAAAGAGAAGCCUGUGCCCAGCACAUCCUCGGCCGCUGUUGCAUCCAUACAACCGGAGGAGGGGCCCCCCAGCCCCCAGGACUCAAAGACCCCCAGGCAGACGGCAGAGGAGGAGGCCUGCAGCACUGAAGAGAAACAGAGUGGACACACUGGAACACUAACUCCUAAACAGGAGAUUUUGCCGGCUGCUGUAAGUGAUGGCCUCUCUUCCCAUGUUGAUGUGAAAGGAAAAAUCGGAGCGACUUCCUUAAAAGAAAACGUUUGUCAGGUGUGUGAAAGGACAGGAGACCUGCUGGUGUGCGACGGCCACUGCUAUGGAGCCUUUCACCCACAGUGCAUCGGCCUGUCUGUGGCUCCCAAGGGGAAGUUCCUCUGUCAAGAAUGCACCACUGGUGCUCACUCCUGCUUUGUGUGUAAGCAGUCUGGCGGCGGCGUGAAGCGCUGCAUGAUACCACUGUGUGGGAAGUUCUACCACUCUGAUUGUAUACUGGCCUACUCGGCCACACAGACGCACAACAAAGGCUUCCGCUGCCCGCUGCACGUGUGUCUGUCCUGCCACAUCACCAAUCCUCUCAACACCUGCAGCUCCAAAGGUCGACUGGCACGGUGUGUGCGCUGUCCUGUGGCCUAUCAUGCCAACGACAACUGCAUGGCAGCAGGAAGCCUGGUGCUCGCCAACAAUGGCUUCCUCUGUCCAAACCACUUCACUCCCCGCAAAGGCUGCAAAAACCAUGAGCACAUUAAUGUCAGCUGGUGCUUUGUGUGCUCUGAAGGCGGCAGUUUGUUGUGCUGUGAAGCUUGUCCAGCUGCUUUCCAUCGUGAAUGUCUGAACAUCGAGAUGCCACAGGGCAGCUGGUUCUGCAAUGACUGCAAAGCUGGGAAAAGGCCUCGCAUCAAGGACAUACUGUGGGUCAAAUGGGGGCGCUAUCGAUGGUGGCCUGCCGAAGUCUGCCUCGCCAAAGACGUCCCAAAUAACAUCUUGAGGAUGAAACACGAGGUGGGAGAGUUCCCGGUGCAGUUCUUUGGCUCCAAAGAUUUUGUGUGGACGUACCAGGCCAGGGUGUUUCCUUACAUGGAGGGUGACACGCACAACAUAGAGAAAAUGGGCAAAGGCACUGAUGCAGUGUACAAGAAAGCCCUGGCCGAAGCUGCUGAGAGGUUUCGGGAGCUUCAGGCGGAGCGACAGAUGAAGCAGCUUCAGGAGGACAGAAAGAACGACAGAAAACCUCCGCCAUACAAGCACAUCAAGGUAAACCGGCCAAUCGGGAAGGUGCAGAUCUUCACAGCCGACCUGUCAGAAAUCCCACGAUGUAACUGCAAGGCGUCGGAUGAGAACCCGUGCGGCGUCGAUUCGGAGUGCAUCAACCGCAUGUUGAUGUACGAGUGCCACCCUCAGGUGUGUGCGGCAGGCGACCGGUGCCAGAACCAGGCCUUCACCAAGCGCGAGUACACGCCCGUGGAGAUUUACCGGACGCUGUCCUGCGGCUGGGGUUUGCGAGGCGUGUCGGACAUCAAGAAGGGAGCGUUUGUGAGUGAAUAUGUGGGAGAGAUGAUCGAUGAGGAAGAGUGUCGAGCCAGGAUCCGACACGCUCAAGAGAACGACAUCUGUAACUUCUACAUGCUGACACUGGACAAGGACCGGGUCAUUGACGCUGGGCCCAAAGGCAACCAGGCUCGCUUUAUGAACCACAGUUGUCAGCCGAACUGUGAGACGCAGAAGUGGACUGUGAACGGAGACACCAGAGUGGGACUUUUUGCGCUGCAGGACAUCCCACAAGGUGUGGAGCUGACCUUUAACUACAACCUGGAGUGUCGGGGUAACGGAAAGACCGCUUGUAAAUGUGGAGCACCCAACUGUAGCGGAUUUCUGGGUGUUCGGCCAAAGAACCAGCCAGCAGCUGAUAAAAUGAAACUUAGGGAAGGGAAAAGGAGAGUUUCCAUGAAGAGAAAGUCCAAGCAAGAAGUCAGAAAGGAGAGGGAAGACGAAUGCUUCAGCUGUGGUGACGGGGGCCAGAUCGUGUCCUGUAAGAAGCCCGGCUGUCCCAAGGUCUACCAUGCAGACUGCCUCAACCUGGCCAAGAGACCUGCAGGUCGGUGGGAGUGUCCGUGGCACCAGUGCGACGUGUGUGGUAAAGAGGCAGCGUCGUUCUGCGAGAUGUGUCCCAGCUCCUACUGCAAGGAGCAUCGGGAAGGCAUGCUCUUCAUCUCCAAGCUGGAUGGCAAGCUGUCCUGCAGUGAGCACGACCCCUGCGGGCCCGACCCGCUGGAGCCGGGAGAGAUCCGCGAGUACAUGCCCAACAUGACCUCCAUGAGGCCGGGGGCUCUUUCUGUGCCCGUCUCAAACCCCGUGGUGCCGGAGUCCAGGAUGGCCUCCUCUUCUGCAGCUCCCACCUCUGUUCCGGCCGGCAGCCCGGCAUCGUCCAGAGUGGAGCCUCCUCCUCGCCUCUACAUCAACACAAAGACCGCUACCUCAAGCUUCACGCCCUCCUGUAAGAAUUACCUGACCGACAGCGGCGAGGGGAAAGGCUUCUCCACGCCGGCCUCCUCCAGGGGGGAUCGAGAAGACGGGGAGGUGGAGGACGGCGAGGUGUGUGGCUUAGAGAUAGAAGAGGUGGAAGAGGAUGAUGAUGACGAUGAUGAAGAUGACGACGAGGACGAUGACAAUGACAUGAACGAGAUGGAGAUAGUGGAAGAUGAAGAGGAUGACACACUUUUUGGAGGUCACCUCCUGGAAGAUGAAGAGGAGGAGGAGGAGGAGGAAGAAGAGGAGAACGAGGGCGAGGAUCUCUGUGACACUUGGGGUGAUUACGUGGAUGAAGACGACGAUGAUGAUGAUGGAGAGGUGGAGGGAGACGACUGGGGAAGAGUAGAGGACGAUGAGAAGUGACUCAUGCACUCCUUCCCCAUAACUGGGUUAAAAACUCAGAGGACGUUGAUAUACUGAUAGAUUUUAUUAUUUUGGUACCUACUUGAAGCAACACGGCCUUCACUCUGGUACAACCCUGCCUUCUCGUCUCCGGACUGCUGGACUGACAGCGGGGAUGUGUGCUGGUGCUAAGGCUCAACGUCUCUUUAUACUUCUGUCGAUACUUUAUCGUGUCUGGUGCUGUUAUGUUCUCUUGUUCUUUCUCUUGUUUGUUUACAUAUUUUGGCCUUUUUUUUUUCUAAGAAAAAGAAAAAUUUGCAUUUUGAGAAAAAAAAAAAAGUUUCCACCUGACCAAACUGUCAAAAGGGCAUCUUAUGUUGUUACUAUUUGAACUUUGAAUACGAGAUUCAGUAAACUAGCGUUCUCAUUGGGCUGUGUUACCAUUAGGCACAACAGUACUGGCUUGGUACUUGUGAUAAAUGCAACAAAAUAAAUCCACUGGAGUCAUCAAGGCUCUGGGUUCUUGUCACAAC